AUGAAUGACCUCACUAUUUUAGACCGACUUUAUGCGCUCGAUACCAAUUCAGUCUCCGAUGCUUUGGAUUUUCUGGAAUUAGAAGGAGCCACGUACGGCCUCCGACCGCUUUGGGACUGCCCAAAGAUUGUUGGACGAGCCAACACAGUGAAAGUGGACCGCAAAUCCGAUUCAAAAACUACGGCUCACCCUUUCAGCUCGGUCAUAGAUGCAGUUACGACCGAUGACCGUAUCCUCGUUAUCUCUGGGGGGAUAGAAGGAGUCUCGUGCUGGGGGGACAUCAUUGCCAAUGCCUCAAAACUUAAAGGCAUUCGCGGAACCGUCAUUGAUGGCAUGUGUCGUGAUAUCGACGGCAACCGUGAGGUCAGCUAUCCCGUCUACGGCCGUGGUGUGACUAUGAUCAGUGGUCGCAAUCGAUUAGUGCAAAUUGAGUCUGGCACAGCGGUGCAGAUUCAAGGCGUCAAUGUCCACCAAGAUGACUAUGUGAUUGCGGAUAAUUGUGGCACAGUGUUCAUUCCAGCCAAAUUCAUUGAGGAUGUUGUGAAACUAGCCGAGAAGAUAGCUGAACGUGAGAGCCUCAUGAUUGAAGAAAUUCAAGCUGGUAAGCUGGUUUCUGAGGUAAUGGAUGAUGCACGGUUUGAAGCUAUGCGAGAGGAGAUCUCUACAUUGGCAGCAGCAGCUAGGGGAGGCGAUUGA